AUGAGGUCUUCUUCUCUAGGCUUUGUAGUGCUGUGGGCACUGGCGGGGAGUACCUUCGCCUUAAAUGAAGUAGAUACCCACGGCAUAGGAAACAACCUCGUCGCCCGCGAUAUCGAUAUCGAUACCGAAGGCAUACCACCAGCCGCAGACCCAAGUUCCAUAAUAGAUAUAGGCGAAGAAGCAGGACUAGACGAAGAAUGGGACGAAAACCUCUCCCUUCGCAGUCUAGCGCCCGAAAUCUUCGAAGGACAAGAGACGCCACCAGUCAGCAAACUCAACCGCCGUGGCCUCCUGCCUGCAUUAUCCUUCAACGUGCACCCCAAAGUCGUCAACGACGAUCCACGAGAACAACGUAAAAACCCCGCUCGUGAGCAUUGGGAAUACCUAUGUAACUGGCGUUCCCCGCGCGAGGAUUUUAAUAUGAGGUUCGCGUAUGGGUUAUUUACGGACCACCUUGAGACUUAUUCCAACGCUGCGGAUUGGUGCUCCGGUCCUAAUAACUUCUGCACCAAAGUCUGGUGUCAUUCUCGUUAUUUCGUCGAGGUUUGUAACUAUGGUGAGACACCAUGGCAGGUACUUUGCAGUAAUAUCAUUACUUUGGCACGGGAUAUUAUAAUCGCCAAGGCAAACCAAGAUCCUGCGAUUUGGGAAUACGGGUUCCCGGAAGUAGUACGCUCAAAGCAGCAGGAAACAAACGACAGAAAGAAGAUCUGUAUCAACCAUAGUUCUGUCUACCAACCCGAAGCUCUAGGUAUUAGUUUCUUUAACACAAUGCCCCGUUGGUUCGUCCGUGUAUCUUACGGUUACUCCGAAUCACGGGUUAAAUGUGAAAGAGAAGGUAUCCAGCCCGAUAUUAAAAGGUCUGCUGCCUCUCAAGAGCAGUAUAUGAAGCAUUGGUAUGAUAAGCUUCAAAUCUCUGAAAUAGAUGGAACCGACGAUGACAAGAAGGGUGGAGCUAAGCCUUCGGGACCAACCCCCGAUGACGAUGAGGACGAUAAUACCAAGGGACGGGUUUUCCCACCCAAGGGAUCCAAGAAUGAUACCGAUAGCUUCGGCCUCCCUUUCUAUAAAGAUAAAACCGGAACAUACCCUGCACUCCCAAACAUAACCACACAAGAAAAUGGUUAUUUCGGCCCACCAAUGAGUAACUACGACCCUAAUGAUUUCAUAAUCCCCGGUCUUGAAGAUUACUACAAAUCCCAGAAUGCGCCAAAGAAUAACGUCACAUCCGCCAAAUUCGGCAAGGAAGGCAUGAAACCUGGCACAAAUAAAGAACUAAGCCUUGGUGAUGAUGGUGAUAAGAAAGACAAAGGCGGCAAAAACUCUGACUUGAAAAUUGAGGCAUCGAAGACCAUCGAAUCAGUCUGGUUCAAACCAGGUCAUACUCCUGGGUUAGCCAUCAUUCCGAAACAUAGGAAUAAGGUCCAGAGUGUCCACUGGUCAAUAGAUACUACGGGUGCUUGGUUAACUCGUACUCGCUCUAAGGGUGGUCCUACACCCUUACCUGCGAAGGGUGCAAAGGAUGCAAAGGUUACUCUUCUUCCAAGUGUUGAAAAACUGGGGGGAGGCGUUGCAGAUGUCGCUGCCGCUACUGUUACCAACGCUGCUAAGACUUCGGCUGUCGAUAACGACAAAGCGGCUUCUACUACUACUGCUGCCCCAGCUACUAUGGCUGCUCCAGCUACUACGGCUGCUCCAGCUACUACUGCUCCUGCAGCUACUGAGCCCGCUAGUAGUGCAGAAGUAAAGACUGAUGUCAAAGGUGACGCCCCUGCUGCUUCUCCAACUGCCAAGCCCUCUCUGAGUGGUGAAGCCACCAGUGCGAAGGCUGAACCUAAACCUGGUAAAGAUGAGCCUACCUCUGUGAAAUCUGAGCCCACUGCGGCAGCAAAGGAAGAACCCGCCCCUCCAAAGUCCGAGUCCGCUCCUCCAAAAGCCGAACCUACUCCUGAGAAGGACGAGGCCAAACCUACCUCUGGAAAGGAAGAAGCUAAACCUACUUCUGCAAAAGACGAGGCUAAGCCUACUCCUGCAAAAGAUGAAACAAAGCCUACUCCCGAGAAAGAUGAAGUUAAGCCCGAGAAAGAUGAACCUAAACCCACCACAGCCCCUACACAAAGCGCAUAG